UAUUGGAGCAGGAAUACCUAUACACCCGAAUCCACCCGCAUAUAUUGAUAUUAAUUUCGAAAUAAUCGCCGUUGACGCCACGAAUAUUUAUAGACACCACCGAACAAGACGCCAAAUCCUCUCCAUUUUUAUAUUAUCCGAGGUAAUAAUGGUUUCAAAUAAAAUGCCUCAAUCUAGUGCUUUUAAUAGAUGUAAUCGUAGUAAAGGAUGGAAAGUGACAGAGAAAACAAUUUAUUUCACUCCAUUGUGUUUCUAUUGAAGAUUCUUCUCGUGUCUUAACACGUGUUACCAACCAGGAACGACACUCUGAACACGAUGGAAACUUCGACAGCUAAUUUUAGGCACUGUUUUCCGUCACAAACGUUCUGUGCGUGCCAGAAGCUACAUCGUAAACCACCUUGAGUUCCUCCAGAUAUUCGUGAUGGAAAAAAAUGAAAGGAAUUCACUAGGACAAUUUCACAGUUCCAUCUAUAACGCCGCAAACACAGAAUUAUUCAUGCGAGAAUUUGAGAGGCAUUCUAAAGCGGGAGACAGACAAGGUAUGAUAGAGAUGAUAUUGCAGCUAGACCAAGUUUCAAAUACGGAUGUCAGUGCGCUCUUCACUCCAAAGAACAACGAAGAAGCUGAGAAACUAUACAAUGACGUCAAUUCUACUGAUGAAGCUGCAAGAAAGAUUUCAAAUUUAUGCAAAAUUGAUCUAUUGACAAAAGCACUCUUUGCUGCUGAAUCUGACACUCUCCUCACGAUAAAGAUCAUUGUAGCGAGGGCUAAAUACGAAUUCAGUAUACGAUCUUAUCAGCAAUGCUGUAGAGAUUGUGAUUAUGCAAUGAAAUUGCUUAACAACUCACAAAGCUCAAAACUCCAGAACGAAUUUGAAACAGAGAAGAUGAAGACGAUGUGUGAUUUAUUGAAAUCCCAAUGUUUGAAACUGUCAAAAAAAUCUAGUAAGCAAUCUCCUCAUACAUAUGAAAAGAAACUACCCAAAGUCGAUGGGAAACCCAGCAAAAAACUUAAGACCUGCAGUGAUGCAGUUGCAUUAAUUCACGAAGAUGCUAGAGGCAGACACUUGAUCGCAACGCGGAACAUCAAAGCAGGUAGUGUUCUGAUUGUUGAUGAGCCUUUUUCCUUUAGCACAGACGAAGCUGCACUCUCGACCAAUUGUCUUCACUGUCACUCGUCCCUUCAGGGGAAUCGGAACAUCAGAGUUCCUUGUGGAAACUGUCAGACUGUUUCGUUCUGCUCCGAGGAAUGCCGAAAAAAUGCCUGGAGUAGUUACCACAAAUACGAAUGCAUGAUUUUUGAUAAUUUUUUGGAAAGAUCAACGACUUGCGACCAAAAAUCUCACGUGUUACUCGCCUAUAGAACAACAAUAGCAAAGGCAAUUACCAAGAACUCAAGUUUACUUGAUGCUGAAUUUUUGUGUUAUCAAGACGCUAAAUGUGAGGACGCGAAGAAGUCCCUAGCGAUUGACAUAAAGAGUGACUUUUAUGAUCCCCUGGAUUAUAGAACAAUCUUUUCCUUAGAGACGCAUUGUGAAAAAGCAGAUGCAAAGGUCAAUCUGUCACGCUCUAUAAAGUCAGUAUACCUGGCUAAAUGCUUGGCUUUUGUAUUGAUGGAGGUUGAUGAGAAGAAUAGAGACACGAUUGGACAGAGGGAAAUUGUGUUGCUGGCAGUGGCUAUGAUGAGACAUAUGCAAGCAGUCAAUUGUAAUGCUUACGAGAUUGUCGAGAAUUUUAGGGACAGAAAUACGAGGACAUGGGAACCACGUAAUGUGGGGGGCGCUAUUUAUAGCUCUGUCAGUCUUGUCAAUCACAGUUGCUAUCCGAAUGUGGUUAGGCAUUCAUAUCCUGGAGGAAAAGUUGUUGUUCGAUCCUUGCGAUUCAUUGAAAAAGGUUCCGAGUUACUAGAUUGCUAUGGCCCCCACUUCAUUACCGACUCAUUGCAACUCCGUCAACAGUAUUUGGUGGAGAAAUACCACUUUAUUUGCACGUGCGAACCAUGCAAAUCCGACUGGAAGUUUCCGUUUCCUGAUGAAAUUACCUUUCGAUGUACCUCGUGCGGAAAUUCAUUGGAUUCUCUCCGCUUGAGGUGUAUUAAAUGCUCUCAGAAAUUUGAUAUCAGGAAAUUAUGCUCUCAACUGGAAAAAUCAACGAAGAAAAGAAUUGCGGCGGUUGGAAAAAUGUACGAAGGAUAUUACAUCGAUGCACUUCCAUUAUUACUAGAGCAUUCUAGCUUUCUUGACAAGACACUGAUGGCACCAAGCCUCGAGGCCAUCAAAACACAACAAUCGAUUGUUCAGUGUUUCAACAGUUUGUCAAAUACUUAUAACAAUCAAUUUAUUACAACUGAUGAGUGAGAAUCAACUGAAUUGUAUUGAAUUACGGGGUGGAGGAAUUCAUUUGCGUCAGAGGGAUCAUCAAUUUUAUUUCCCAUCUGUUUUUAAUUUAAAAUUCCAAUCAAAUUGCACCUUUAAUAAAUUAUUAAAAAAAUCAAAUUGAUUAUUGAACGAAAUCAUCUUUCCAUGGCGCCUUGUCAGUCAAGAGUCAAGGACUUGCAAAACUUCCAUUCAAGAAAACACGAGAUCACGAUCUUCGGCGAUCAAGAAGAGAUAGGUAAUUAUCAGUUUCUUCACGAGUCAUUGAAUGAACAUGAUAAAUAUCCUCAUUCAACAGCAAUAUUUUGUUUUGUAUUCAUGCUUGAGGAGUUUGAUUGAUAUUGUUUUGAUUAAUAAUCCAUUGAAAAUAAAGAACUGUUCUUAAUGAUUUUUAUUGUCAUUAAAGUGCAAGUAGAUAACCAAUUAUCACAACAAUUCUUAAUAAGAGCCUAAAUUAGCUAAACAAUUGCGCUGUCGCGGGUAACUUUUUUUGAUUAAUUCAUUUACUUCAACAAUUUCUGAUUGGUCAAAGUAAAUAAACUUCAAUUCCAUAAUAGUUGUUAUUCUUUGUCAUUCUUUUAACAUCAUGGCUUUGUAAUUACAAAGGACUUCACACGUACGUACAUUAAUCACAUGUAUUGUUUCUAACGAUAAAACACGUGAGACAUA